AGGCCUGGGGAGUUGGGGUGCGAGGGGGGGCGUCCUCCUUGGUCAGAGCCGCACGGCCAUGCUGAUUGGCUGUAGCUAUGCAGGGCUUUCCGCCUGCUGGCUGCGGGCGCGCCCUCCCGCGCGCUCCCGGCUUGGCCCGCGCCAGCCCCGCGCCUCUCCUGGCCGCUGAGUUCCGGCAGCGGCAUGGGUGAGGUGCCAGCAACAGAUGCGGGCCGCCGAGCUUCGCAGCCUUAGGCCACGCUGAGCGCCCGCAGGAGCGUGCCGCCCCCGAAAAAGACUGGGAGGCGCGCAGGUUCCCCAGCAAAGGCAGAAGCCCCCGCCUCCCGCGGAGAGCGCCGCGCCGACGGAGCGCCCGUUCCUCGCCAUGCAGGGCCCAGCCGCCGACGGGGACCGGGGACCCGCCCGCAGCGCCCGGGAGCUGAGCGGCGCGGGGCUCGGCGGCCGGGGGAGGAGGCCGGACGCGCGCGGGCAGCGUAGCACCAUCGUCUGGAGGAACGUGGUCCUGAUGAGCCUGCUCCACUUGGGGGCUCUGUACUCCCUGCUGCUCAUCCCCCAAGCCCAGCCGCUCACUCUGCUCUGGGCCUACUUCUGCUUCCUUGUGACUGCUCUGGGCGUGACAGCUGGUGCCCAUCGCUUGUGGAGCCACAGGUCCUACAAGGCCAAGCUGCCUCUGCGGAUAUUUCUGGCUGCCGCCAACUCCAUGGCUUUCCAGAAUGACAUCUUUGAGUGGUCCAGAGACCACCGGGUCCACCACAAGUACUCAGAGACCGAUGCAGAUCCUCACAAUGCCCGGAGGGGCUUCUUCUUUUCCCACAUCGGGUGGCUGUUUGUCCGCAAGCAUCGGGAUGUCAUCGAGAAGGGGAGAAAGCUGGAUGUUACUGACCUGCUGGCUGAUCCUGUGGUCCAGUUCCAAAGGAAGUACUACAAGAUCUCCGUGGUGCUCAUGUGCUUUGUGCUCCCCACAGUGGUGCCCUGGUGCAUCUGGGGAGAGACUCUGUGGAACUCCUACUUCCUAGCCUCCAUCCUCCGCUACACUAUCUCCCUCAACGUCACCUGGCUGGUGAACAGUGCAGCCCACAUGUAUGGAAACCGGCCCUAUGAUAAGUGCAUCAGCCCUCGGCAGAACCCACUGGUCACUUUGGGUGCCAUUGGUGAAGGUUUCCACAAUUACCAUCACACCUUCCCAUUUGACUACUCCGCAAGUGAAUUUGGCUUAAAUUUCAAUCCAACUACUUGGUUCAUUGACUUCAUGUGCUGGCUGGGGUUGGCUACUGACCGCAAACGGGCAACCAAGUCGAUGAUUGAGGCUCGAAAAGCCAGGACUGGAGACGGCAGCACCUGAACCUGAAGCCACCAUUUUUCCUGUCCUCCAUUGAUGAUUUCUGUUCAUGGCUUUUGUUACUAUAGUUCUUUUGUUCACUAGAUUGUAGAAGGGACUAGGGAGGGGGAGGGAAUGAAAUCUAUGUAGUUGGGAAUUUUUUUUGUCUCAAAAUAUAUAAAUAUGAAAAAAAAUUAAGUCGAUAAAACUAUGAUUUAACAUUAGCCUGUGGACAUGUGAUUCAGUCUAAUCACUGUAGCUCCAAUAGGUCAAACAUACAUUGUCCUGUACUUGUCCAUGGUGUGAAGCCUGAUAGGAUGAAGGAAUUUAAUAUUCUUUCAGUACAAUUCAGGAGAUCAUUUGCUUUCUUUUUCUACCAAUGAACCCACCAUUAUUUCAAACACAGUUUCUGAAAGAGCAGAGCGGCAGGGUAGAAGAUAGAAGAAGCACCUAGUGGUGGUAACUAAAGGCUGUUUCUGUUUUGUAAUUAUUGUGCAUGUUUUACUUGUUUUUUAAGUAAGAGAGUUGAAAAUGUCUAAAAAUAAUAAUAACACUGGAAAUGGCUCAUAUAUAUGUGGCCCUGUGUACAACUUGUUCAUGCGCCACUGUCAUUGUUUCAAAAGAGAUCUCUUCAUGACCCAGCUAGUUUUGUGUCCCAAGCUGUCCACCCAUCCCACUCUUAUCAGCCAGUACCUGUGUAGGCAUCUGAUUUUAUUCUCUUUGCCAUUGUCAUUUUAAAGGUAUAUAGAUCAGAUAUGACAGACAUCAAAUGAAGCUCAAAGUAAUCUCUCAUUUAAAUAUUUAGACACCUAAUUUGUAUUCUAAUUGUUCCCAGCCUCUGAUGCAUGUACUUUAGCUACUUCUGCUAAGUAAGCAUAUUAAUUUUCCACACCCAACCAUCAGAUCUUAAUAAUUGACAGUUAUCUAGAACUCAGUCUCUACUAAUGUUUCACCUGCAUGCAGCUUUCAUUGAUUUCACAACUAAAUAUCAAGUGAUCAUUAUGUAGCUUCUGAAUUUAAAUAACUAUGUGUUAAGUUGCCUUGUAAGCAUGUUGAAAAUGUUGCAUUAAUGGUACAGUGUGCCCUUUGUGUUAGAUGUAGAGCAAAAGACAAGUUUGUAGUGUUGGCAUCAGAGCAGUUCAAAAAUAAUUACUUUCAGGAAGAUGUAGUAUUCAACUUGUAAGUUGGAAAUUUUUGCAAAAGAAGUAACGCCAAUAAGAAGUUGUCAUAAUGAAGUUCUUCAUCAGCAGGUAUUUAACUGUGUUAUUUUACUGUUAAUAAUGUGUAAACUCUGAGUGAUUUACAAUAAACAAUUAUGAGUUCA